AUGGCUGCUGUGAUGGGCCAUGGAGGUGAUGGUGGUGACGAGCCACCACAUCCGUUCGGUGGAGAUUUUGCUGUACCUCCCAGACGAAGAGGUAUGGUAGUAAACAAGAAAAUGCAUCGGCUAUAUGAAGCAAACGGCAGACAACCUCUAAAAAUAAUAUUUAACAGAAAUACUUUUGUGUCGAUUGGGGAUGUAUACGAAUGUUUCAUUCGGGAGGUUCGAAGUUAUAUCUGGCAUGACAUAGCUUUGGAUAAGAACACCUGGAAAGAAGUUCCUGAAGCCGAUCGGAAUGGCAUGUUUACAUAUCUUUCAACAUAUUUUGAUUUUCAAGCCAUUUCAAAUGAUCCCGAUGCUAGAAUUUUAUGGGCAUCACUGAACCAUCGGAUAUGUCAGCGGUAUAGAGGCCGUAAAAAUAUUGUGAAAGGUAAAUUUAUAGAUAUGCUAGAGGGUGCAGAGGCAGCAAGGGCUCGACCCCCGUGGGUAUGGAUUCAGCGCGUUGGAGUGCUACUAUUGACCACUUCUUAA